AUGAAGGCUUCAGCUGCUCUCGCUGGCACCUUCGCCACCCUGGUCUUGGGUGCUGCCCAGCCCAAGAACUUGAUAUUCAUCGUUCCUGAUGGUUUUGGCGGUUCUGGGCAAACUCUUGCGAGAACUUACGUGUCAUUGGCCGAGGGAGAGUCUACUCCGGGUGCUCCCUCAAUCAAGGAUCUCCCUGGAGAUCUUUUGCCGGUGGGAAAUGUGAGAACUCACUCCAACAACAACCUCGUUACUGAUUCUGCUGCCGCCGGUACAGCCAUUGCAACCGGCUUCAAGACGGAGAACGGGAUGAUUGGAGUUCAGCCUGAUGGGAGUCUGGUAGGCAACAUCCUCGAGGCCGCUAAACUUAACGGUUACCGUACAGCAAUUGUUGUCACGUCGACUGCAAACCAUGCUACUCCUGCUAGCUUUUCCGCUCACAUCACAAGCCGUAACGACUACGACGGCAUUGCGGCCCAGCAGCUGGGCUACUCCCACCCCCUUAACCAGAGCGUUGACAUCCUCAUGGGUGGAGGCCGUUGCUACUACAAGCCCAAGUCCGGCUCUGGUUCCUGCCGUGGAGACGAUGUCGACCUGAUCAAAUUUGCCCAGGAGAAGGGCUACUACGUGGCCCAGAACCGCUCCCAGUUUGACGAUCUAGAACUCGGUCUGGGCUCUAUUCAUCUUCCAUUCGUCGGCCUCUUCAACGACGACCAGCUGAGCUAUGAGGUUGACCGUAAGGCUCAAGCCGAGGAUGUUCGCGAGCCUUCUCUGUCUGAGAUGACCACCACGGCCCUGAAUGCACUUGAUCGCGCCACGGGCUCCAAGAAAAAGGGAUACUUCAUGCUGAUCGAGGCAUCUCGCAUUGACCAUGCCGCUCAUGCCCACGACUCCGGCGCCCACCUCUGGGAUACGCUGGAAUACAACCAAGUCCUCGAUGUCGUCAAGACCUGGAUCGACAACCACCCCGACACAGCCAUGAUGUCCGUUGCGGACCACGAGACCGGAGGGCUUACACUGCCUUCAGGCUACGACCCACGACGCCUCAAAGACGUGAAGCAAUCUGCCGAGCACCUCAAGGGUAUCUGGGACAAGUACGACGGCGACGACCGACGAGAAUUCCUCGUCAAUGAGGUCCUCCCAGCCUACGCGCUCUCCGACGCCACCGACGACGAGAUCGAGGCCACGCUGGCUGGUGACUUCGUAGCUAACCUGGCGAAAUUUUUGAACAAACGUAUUGGUGUUGAGUGGUCUACGGGUGGCCACACUGCUGUUGAUACUGUUCUAUAUUCAUACGGGGCGGGAAAGGUGGGCGAUGAGCUGAAGAAGACCCUUGCCGGUAACUGGGACAAUAUUGAUAUUCCCAGAUUCAUGGAGAAGGCUCUACAGGUCAGCUUAGACGAGGUUACUAAGCUCCUUCGUGCCGUCUAA